AUGUCGAAUACAUCUGGGGGUUACUCCAGGAAGGUGUGGCAGAAAGGGGUGCACAGAUCUGUGCACCCGUUCUGCCAUAACCUUCGAAAUUGUGUUUCCUCUGCCCUCACCCCCUACCCCUCCCUUCCCGCUUCCCCCGGCCGUUUGCCUACGGACAAGCGGCCAUUCCUGGCUGCUAUCAGUGCCAGGACGUCGGCGAGAGGCGAACGAAGUAAUUGUUCGCCCUUGUCGAUGUUCUAUUUCAUCUUUUGUCCCGUCCUCCCAACCUGCCCACUCCCGACCUCUCGCCGGCCCCGCACGACUCCACCACCCUCCCCAACUAACAUCCCCCGUCUCCUAUACCCUGUAGGCAGCGUGAGUGGCCGCCGUCCACUGCCUCGACCGCCGCCGCCGCCGUUAUCGCCGCCGUCGCCCUCCCCGACGGCGACCUUCGCGCCGACAUCCAAACUCAACGCGCCGCUUCAAAAGCGGGUGUUCCUGGGUCCCCUGGAUGGUAGGAACAUGACGCCGGAAGCGCUUUCAAACGCGCUUGCGUCGUUCCGUUGUUAUGAUUUGUUUUGA